AUGCCAUCCGUUUCGGGAAAUUUCAAGCCGAGGAGCUCGAUCUCUAGUUUCACGAAGGAUGAAACUCCGAUCCCACCUGCCACUUCCAGCAUAUUCUCUUUCGCCUCACCGAUCGAUUAUUUGUUUCUUGUGAUCGGCACCAUAGCAUCUUUUAUCCACGGUGCAGGUUUUUCUGUGCUCGGUAUCGUCUUAGGUGGAAUGACAACGAUUUUUCUACGUGCACAAAAUUCGGAAUUUGUGUUAGGGGAAGGAAAAACGGAUCCAGGUGGAUUACCAGGAGUUACGAGGGAAGAGUUUGACAAUGAGGUGAAGAAAUUUUGCCUCUUUUAUCUUGGACUAGGUGUUGCAAUGUUCACAACUUCAUAUAUACAGAUUGCCUGUUGGGAAACCUUUGCCGAGAGGAUCACGUACAAAUUACGUCAGAUUUACCUGAAAGCUAUUCUUAGGCAACAAAUUUCAUGGUUUGACGAACAGCAAACCGGAAAUCUGACCGCAAGACUAACCGAUGACCUUGAACGUGUGCGAGAAGGACUCGGGGACAAGCUUUCGCUAUUUAUCCAAAUGUUAUCGGCGUUUCUGGCCGGAUUUGGAGUUGGAUUUUUUUACAGUUGGUCAAUGACCUUGGUGAUGAUGGUGGUUGCUCCAUUCAUAAUAUACUCAGCCAAUUGGAUGUCAAGAAUUAUAGCAACAAGGACCCAAGUCGAGCAGGAGACGUACGCAGUGUCAGGUGCUAUCGCUGAAGAGACUUUCUCAUCUAUACGAACCGUGCACGCCUUAUGCGGACAUAAACGGGAGCUGAACAGAUUUGAAGCAUCGCUGGAAAAAGGACGAAGAACCGGCUUGGUAAAGUACUUCUACAUGGGUAUUGGUGUUGGCUUUGGGCAAUUUUGCACCUAUUUCUCAUACGCUUUGGCUUUCUGGUACGGCAGUGUCCUUAUUAUCAACGAUCCGUCUAUUGACAGAGGUCGAAUCUUCACGGUGUUCUUCUCUGUAAUGUCCGGUUCAACCGCACUUGGAGCCUGCCUUCCUCAUCUUAGCACAAUUUCUAUAGCAAGAGGAGCUACAAGAACCGUUUUAAGAAUAAUAAACAGUCAACCAAAAAUCGAUCCAUAUAGUCUGGAUGGAAUUGUGCUGAACAAUUUGAGAGGUGCUAUUCGCCUAAGGAAUGUGCAUUUUUCAUAUCCGUCCAGAAAAUCGAUUAAGGUCCUGAAAGGUGUUUCCCUGAACGUAGCGGCUGGGCAGAAGAUCGCCUUGGUUGGUAGCAGUGGAUGUGGAAAAUCGACUAUUAUCAAUCUUUUGCUGAGAUUCUACGAUCCAACUAGGGGAAAGGUUACAAUUGAUGAUAUUAAUGUAUGCGAUCUUAACGUGCAUAGCCUCCGAGAUCAAAUCGGUGUUGUCAGUCAGGAACCAAUACUUUUUGAUGGAACUCUAUACGAAAAUAUUAAGAUGGGGAAUGAGAAAGCAACAAUGGAGGAUGUGAUAGAAGCGUGUCGCUUGGCAAAUGCAGCGGAUUUCAUCAAACGUCUACCCGAUGGAUAUGGAACACGUGUGGGAGAACGAGGUGUUCAACUUAGUGGCGGACAAAAACAACGUAUUGCAAUAGCGCGCGCUAUAAUCAAAAAUCCCAAGAUCCUAUUGCUCGAUGAAGCCACUAGCGCAUUAGACUCAGAAGCUGAGACAAUCGUUCAGGAAGCGUUGGAAAAGGCACAAAUGGGUCGAACAACGGUGAUUGUGGCCCAUCGACUUUCCACAAUUAGAAACGUGGAUCAAAUUUUUGUGUUCAGGAAUGGUGAAAUCGUCGAACAAGGCACUCAUACAGAAUUAAUGGAAAAACGCGGAGUGUUCUAUGAAAUGACCCAGGCUCAAGUGUUAAGAGAACAAAAAGAGGUGGAACCUCAAGUUUCGGAUGAGGAAGGAUCAGACAUAUUCUCGGGUGAUGGAUUCAACAAACUCGAAUCAUUGCGAUCCAGAAAAGCGUCGACUAAAAGUGGUACUUCCGUCGCUACAUCGAUUCAAAGCAUGCAACAGGAGAUGGAAGAGAUUCGUGCCAAACCUUCGCCGAUGUCAAAAGUGUUCUAUUUCAAUCGCGAUAAAUGGGGUUUCUUCUUUCUUGGACUUGUAGCUUGCAUUAUUUCUGGAGCAAUUACACCGUUGUUCGCAUUAGUGUAUGCAGAGAUUGUUAGCGUGUAUUCCGAACCUGUAGAUCAAAUGAAAAAAGAUGUUUAUUUUUGGUGUGGAGCGUUCAUAGUGGUCGGAUUGAUACAUGCUGCCAGUUUCUUUUCAUCUGCUGUUUGUUUGGGUCGUUGUGGCGAAUCACUAACGAUGAAAUUACGCCUGGAAGCGUUCCGGAAUAUUCUUCGACAGGACAUUGGAUUUUUUGAUGAUUUACGUCAUGGAACUGGGAAGUUGUGCACCAGAUUCGCUACAGAUGCACCGAAUGUUCGAUACGUAUUCACACGUCUUCCAUUAGUAAUUUCAUCAACGGUCACCAUCGUUGGUGCGCUUAUCGUUGGAUUCGUAUUCGGAUGGCAACUAUCGCUUAUUCUCAUCAUUUUAAUUCCACUUAUCAUUCUAAGCGGCUAUUUUGAAAUGAGGAUGCAGUUCGGAAAAAAGAUGCGAGACACAGAACUUCUGGAGGAAGCUGGAAAAGUUGCUUCACAAGCUGUAGAACAUAUACGUACAGUACAUGCGUUGAAUCGACAAGAACAAUUUCAUUUUAUGUACUGUGAAUAUCUUCGUGAACCUCAUAAGGAAAAUCUUUGCCAAGCGCAUGUUUAUGGUGCAGUGUUUGCAUUCUCUCAAUCGUUACUCUUCUUUAUGUACGCUGUAGCAUUUUGGAUAGGUGCUAUUUUUGUUGACAACAAAUCGAUGCAACCUAUUGAUGUAUACAGAGUAUUCUUUGCGUUUAUGUUCUGUGGUCAAGUGGUCGGAAAUAUUUCAUCGUUUAUACCUGACGUAGUGAAAGCAAGAUUAGCCGCAUCGCUGCUCUUCUACCUCAUCGAACAUCCUAGCGAUAUCGAUUCAUUGUCCGAAAAUGGUUUCAAGAAGAAAAUCAGUGGGCACAUCAUUUUCCGCAAUGUUUUCUUCAACUAUCCCACAAGACGACAUACACGUGUCCUGCGAGGAUUGAAUUUAGAGGUCAAACCAGGAACAACAGUGGCGCUGGUUGGAAGAUCAGGUUGCGGAAAGAGCACAGUAAUGUCGUUGUUGGAGCGGUUCUACAAUCCUGGAAAGGGUACUAUACUGGUAGAUGGAGACAACAUCAAAAAUUUCAACAUCCGUAGCCUUCGCGAGCAAGUUUGUAUAGUUAGCCAAGAGCCAACGCUUUUCGAUUGUACGCUUCGAGAGAACAUAUGCUAUGGUUUGGAGGAAGAACCUGUUUACGAGCGAAUUGUCCAAUCAGCUAAGAUGGCAAAUAUUCACAAUUUCAUUCUAAGUCUUCCACAGGGUUAUGACACACGUGUCGGUGAGAAAGGAACACAAUUGUCCGGUGGACAAAAACAGCGAAUAGCGAUAGCACGAGCACUAAUCCGAGAUCCUCCUGUGCUUCUUCUCGACGAGGCCACCAGCGCUCUGGAUACUGAAAGCGAAAAGAUUGUCCAAGAAGCACUCGAAGUGGCACGUCAAGGCAGAACAUGCAUCGUUAUCGCGCAUCGAUUGUCAACAAUACAAAAUAGCGAUGUUAUAGUUAUGGUACAGGAAGGUAAAUCGACUGAAAAAGGAACGCAUGAACAUUUGCUGGCCAGAAGUGAACUGUACAAAAGGUUAUGCGAAACUCAACGACUUGUCGAAUCACAAUGA